AUGAUGGGAGCCGCGAGAGCCGGCUUCUACAAGAAAAGGGUGUCGAAUCCGACACUUCCGAGCACUCCGAAAAAGGUGAUAAAUGAAAAGAUUGACGGGUCUGACUGAAUACAUUUCUGUUCCAGAAAAGAAACUCUUCCGCGUCGGUCACUUCUUCUCCCGCUCGCUCUUCCGCCAAUCGGCUCGCCGUUCCGAAUCCUCCGCUCCGGAAGCGAAGCGGAAGUGCUCCGGCCAUCAAACUCAUCACGCUCUCCUCCAUUUGGGGACUGAAACACGAGCACGUCAGGGCUCUAAAGACCACGUGGGCUCGAUUGUGUGAGCCUCCGCGAGCCAACUGCAAAGGAAUAGUGAGUCUUGUGGAGAGAGUCUGGGAGAAGCUGGAUACGGUAGGUGGGAGGGCUGAAGACUUCUGGGCAAAGAAGACGUUUCAGAAGGACAAGAACGUGCGCAACAUCUUCUACAACGCGGCGUUCGUCGAUUCAAUGCAUGAAAGGUGUGAGCGGAGGUAGAAUCUAGAACUUAAACAUUGUGCUUGCUACCGUAGACCUUUUUCCUUUCGUUCUUGCUUUUCCUCUAUCCAAAUUCAUGAGUAGAAAUCUUACUCCAGACGUUCCGGAUCAAUAGCGACUCUCCGGGACCACACGCACUUCUUCGUGUCUCUCGUUUCCCAAGUGAUCGCCAGUUUGGAGCAAGAACCGGCCAAGAUUCUCGCCCACUUGGACCAAAUCGGACAGAGCCACGCGUACCUCAAACGAUAUGGAUUCAAGUCGUCACAUUGGGAGAAGAUCGGAGAGUACUUCGUGGACCACGUCGUCAUUCAGGUUGGUCACAUCUUGUGCCGUCUAAACAUCUCCUUCUGGAUUGCAGGAUUGUGUUCGCGGAUUCCCGGAAGCGUGCCGUUCGUGGACCGUUCUCGUCUCUUCGAUGGUCGACAGACUGCGGGCGGCCCCCAGAAGGGGAAGUUUUCUGCCUUCGCCGGCCGAAUCGAGGUAUUCCAACAUCAUUUGUUGAUCUUCAUAUCGUCAUGAUGUUUACAGAAGAGGCAGCGUGUGCACAUCAUCUCCAUUGAGCAUCAUCGAUGACGUGGCCAAGUGUCCGUUUGUUUCGAAAUCGGCCAAGUGAGUCUUGAGAUCUAGAGAUUUCUGCCGCAGAAGUCGUGCAAACGCAUUGCGGUAGAGCGACAAUGACAGAGUUAAUCAAAUAAUCUUUGCAGCGGCUCCGCAAACCAUUUGUGCUCUUCCGAGCUCUCCGCAAAUGGCCGUCGCGGAUCCAUCAUCCUGCCCGCCACGACGAUCGACCUCUCGAGUCUCAAAGAUGCUCUUCCGACGCCCCCGCACAAUCUUCAUUCCAAUAAUAAUAAUGUGAUCGUCUAA